AUGGCUGAUACAACCAAUGACCCGCUUAACACGGGCGAAAAGGUGGACACCUCCGAAGUUGUUAUCGAAGACAACAGCAAAGCUGGUCCUGCGCAUGAUGCUGAGGCCAUGGGUUUUGAUGUAAAAGCAACAAAGCGUCUAGUUCGAAAGAUUGACUACGUUAUCAUUCCCUUCGUUGCCCUGUACUUACUAAGCUUCCUUGACCGUACAAACAUUGGAAAUGCUCGCCUUGCAGGCCUUGAGCGUGACCUGGGCAUGUGUGGCUUAGACUACAACGUCGCCGUUGCCGUCUUUUUUCCGGGAUAUAUUCUAUCAAAAGUGCCGUCCAACAUGAUGCUGAAGAAAUUCCGUCCCUCAGUCUGGAUUCCAACUAUCAUGGUUGCCUGGGCUAUAUGCACUACUUUGAUGGGAGUUGUGCACAACUUUGGCGGAUUGGUGGCCUGUCGUGUUGUCCUCGGUUUCACGGAAGGAGGCUUGUUCCCGGGCGUUGCCUAUUACAUCACUAUGUGGUACCGUAAGAGGGAAUGGGGUUUUAGGCUCGCUCUGUUCUUCUCCACUGCAAUUGCAGCCGGGGCCUUCGGCGGUCUGCUGGCUCGAGGUAUUAUGGAGAUGGAUGGAGUUGGUGGGAAGGCUGGAUGGUCGUAG